AUGUCUGGUAAGUCAAAUGAUGAGCUGAUUGCUAGUUUUUCAUCAGACUUGAGCGCUUUUGCAUUUCAAGCGAAUUGUGCGCAGAAGAAUUUCCUUGAUUUAUAUCCACUAGUUGCUACUAAUGACUACAACGUUAACAGUUCAUUAGUCAAUCGUAUUGAAUACGAUGCUAUGGAUUUGUCCGUUUCCGAAGUAAAGUUUCUUACAUGGUGUUGUACGUCGAAAGACGGUCCUGCGGCAAAAGUAAAGAGAAAGAAUAGUGGCGAAGAAGCAGUAGAGGACUCGAAGGAUGAGUGCUCAUUAGUAAAUGUAUUCCCACAUGGUAAGAUUGUUAUAUUUUCUCCAAAUGGACAGAACAUUGUAAACAUCAUUCAGAAUAAGAAGGAGCUUUUGGGCAUUUACACAACGGGUUCGUCGAUUUGGAUUUUAGACGAAGAAAAGACCGUCAAACAUUUCACUUCCACUUCACCGAAGCCACUUAAGACAUUUCACCUAACUGAUGGCAAAAAUGAGGAAAUCAAAAACUUUCAGGUUUUGCAGUUUGCACAAAAGACUUGGUUGGCAGUGGCAUUAGAAGAUGCAGUUUACAUCAUCGAUCCAACGAAGAGACGACCCACAACUGUCGCCAAAUUGGAAGUUUUUGGCUGUACGAGUUGCAGGCCAUUAGAUGAAGAGCACGUCAUAAUUGCUGACGUAGAGAAGGUAUCCGUUGUGAACCUCAAACAAAAUGAAGUUAUCCAAUCGUGGAACAUAGAGGCAAAAAGGGUAGCUGUGAUCGAUCAAAUGGUAGCUGUUCUUGACGUCGAGGGGACGCUGUCUAUAUUUAAGACUGGUUCUUCUAAACCUGUUUCUAGAAUCCAAGUGGAAAACUGUGAAAUAAUCGACUUCAAGGAAACUUCUACAGGUAAUAUUAUUUUGGCCUGGUUGAACGUGAACGAGCCCAGAUUCGAAAUAGUCACCCCAAAACAAAUUUCUUCUACUGAAUCCAUAAUAAUCACCUUGCCGAAGGCAGAGGUUACUCAGGUUUCCACACAAGAUCUUCGUCCCGCUCAAGACUCAGAAGAUUCUGUUUCAGGCCCUACAGCACCUGCAAAGGUCACCAAGUCUGAACAGGGCAAACUGAACCAACAACUAAUAGAUGCAUUGACUGGGAAUGUUCAAAAUAGCACUUUAAUCGACAUUAUAUGCAUUGAAAAGUGGUCGGAGACCAAUAUUAAAGAGCUUAUCAGAACUGAACUUUCCCACGAUGCAUGCAACACGCUCUACAAUGCUAUUGCUGAAUUCCUAGCAAAAGAUGUCUGGCAUACGAACCCUCGGUUGCAUUGGUGGUUAAACUGGCUUUUAAUAUUGCGUUCUACACACAUAGAGGCUUUAAACUCUCAUAAUAAAACUACAAAGCGUCUCAAAUCCUCUCUUAAGUCAUGUAGCGAAGCAUUCCCGGUCCUAUUAUCGAUCCAGGGUGCGCUAGAAAUGCUAAAGGCGCAAGCGAAGUUAAGGCAUGACCUUGCACAAAUGACCUUAAAAGAGCAGGAUCCUAUAGCUACGGAAACAAUGCAGGAAAACGAAGUCCUAUAUGUAAAUGGAGAGGGUGACGACUUUGCAUAG